AUGUCGGCCAAACCACAAUUCUUCUCGCAACCCCUCCGGUACCUACGAUGGGCACACGUCCAAAAGCCCGCGAUCUUCUAUUCGAUACUGGUCGGAUCCAUGGGACCAGUCUUUGCAUUUGCUGCACCACCUAUUCGCGCGAGAUUCGGAGAUUACAAGAGACCGGAAAUACCAUACACAUAUCCAAUUCCUACAACGCCGAGAAAUACGAAUAUCUCAGGCUACGAUGAUUAG